AUGUCGGUGGCUCAGCAAAAGCUGGGGACCAACUCCUCCAACACCAACGACGCAACCGACCACCAGCCUGGCCUCUCACCCCCGCUCUCACCCCUCGACGACCAAGAUAUCGAGCUCACCGCUCCCACCCCAGCAGCUGCUCGUCCUGCUACUUCUUCUUCUCGCCGGCCCAUCUCGGCAUCCUCGUCGCCACUGCCUGCUCACCUCAAAUCGUACCACAACAAUCUCGGCAAUGAUAUCACCGUCGACGUCAACAUUGGUCCUAGCACCUCGUCGGCCUACGCUCGUGCACAGGGCAGCACUGCGUUCCACCACGCCCACAAGCAUCACAGCCACUCUUCUUCUCCUUCGCCCGCACUCGUCUCCGAGCCGCUGCCCUCGCAGCAGACCGACGCCGAUGCCGACAGCAAGCUGGCUGCACCUGUCGAUGGUGCCGCUGCCGCCCCGUCUCGCUCGCGUGCUAGCUCGCUCAGCUAUGGCGGCGUCGCACCAGCCACGCCCGGUAACGAAGACACGGACCCGCUCCUGCUUCGUUCCCGCGUGGUCGAAGAAUCCGAGGUCCGUCGUCGACACUCAGGCAAGGGCAAGAACAAGCGUAGUCAGCGCCAAAUUCGUGAUUUCUACGAGGCGCAAAACGAACACAUCGAACGUCUCCUCAAGCCCAUCUCGGAGCAUGCUGAUGAGGACAAGCAGGAUCGCGAGUCGUCCGCGCUCAAAGUCAAGAUCGCCGUGUACGGUUCCAUCGGCGCCAAUUUUGUCUUGGCUGCGCUUCAGCUCUACGCCGCUAUCAGCUCGCUCUCGCUCUCGCUGUUUGCCACCGCUGCCGACUCGGUCUUCGAUCCUUUCGCCAACCUCGUGCUCAACUGGCUCCAUCGCAAGAGCGAAAACGUCGACGAGCGCAAGUGGCCGGUCGGAGGUUCGCGAUUCGAGCCCAUCGGCAACAUCACAUACGCCGCGCUCAUGGGCAUGGUCUCAGCCAUCCUCGUCGUCGAAUCCAUCCAGGAGCUCGCCACGCAUGAAGGUGACAGGAAGCUGCACAUUGCUUCCCUCAUCGCCGUCGGUGUCGCCUUUAUCACCAAGGCACUACUGGCCAUCUAUUGCUUUGGCUUGAGGAAAUACAGCUCCCAAGUCGAGGUGCUCUACCAAGAUCACCGCAACGACCUCUUCAUCAACGGUUUCGGUAUCUUCACUUCAGCUGCCGGUGCCACCAUUGCAGGCUGGAUCGAUCCUGCCGGUGCGCUCAUCAUUUCCAUCGCCAUCAUCUCAUCGUGGACCAGGACGGCGUUUGGCGAGUUCAAGACGCUCGCUGGUGCAGCCGCGCCUACCGACUUUUUGCAGCUGGUCACGUACAACGCUGCACUGUUCAGCGACGAGAUUCAAGCGAUCGAGAGUGUGCGGGCCUACAGCACCGGUCCGCGCUACAUUGUCGAGAUUGACAUUGUCAUGCAUCCGGAGACGCCGCUGUGGAAGAGCCACGACUUGAGCCAGGCCUUGCAGGACAAUCUCGAGUCGCUGCCCAUGGUGGAGAGGGCGUUUAUCCAUGUGGACCACGAGGUGGAACACGCUUUCGAGCAUCGAAAGACUGUUUGA